GAAACCCACGGUCCAAUCCACACCAUCGUCCCCAACCUCGUCGCCGCCUUUUCUCCCCCGCCGCGCCGCCGCCUCCCGCGCGCACCCUUCCGCCAUGGCGAAACCCUCGUCGGCGACGGCGACGGCGUCGGCGUCAGGCACGAAGAAGCGGAAGUCCAAGUCCGGGGCCCUAACCCACGAGGAGGUGAAGACGCUGGGCCACGAGCUCCUCUCCUCGCGCGCCCACCUCAACCACGCCCCUACCCUCCUCGCGCUCCUCUCCCCCUCCGCGCCGCCCAAAAUCGCCCUCGAGGCGCUCAUCUCGCUGCAGUCCUUCUUCGAGCCCUUGCUCCCCUCCAUCCCCUCCGCCUCCGCCGCUGCCGCAGAUGUUGCGAGCAGCGACCCCGAGCUCGUGUUCGGGGCGUGGCUGCGGCAGCGCUUCGACGAGUUCGUCGCCGCGCUCGUCGAGCUCAGCGUCUCGCCCCGCAGCGACGACGCGAUCAGGGAAGUUGCGUUUGAUGCGUUUAUGGACUUCGUGAAGCUGGGGAAGGACGGGAGGUUCCACUCGGCGAUUUACCACAAGUUUCUCCAUGCUGUGGUCCAUGCUACCGAUUCCAUUGAUCCUUUGUUAGAGUUGCUUGGGUCCAAGUACUCCAAAUAUGCUGAUGUUUGUUAUUUUACUUAUACUAGCUUAGACAAGAUCACCAGCAGUUUGGGGAGUCAAACCACCGGCUCUGGGAAAGAUGGCUUGCAAAAUGGGGACGAAAGCUCUGAAGACAGGAAUGUUAUCUGUAUACACAAUAUAUACAAUAUUUUGGUGCAUAUUCCUGCAUUGGAUUUUCAGAAGGAAACAAAAUUUGAUAUGUGGAGUACUGUUGGCAUUUCUUUAAAAGGAGAGAAGAACUCCUCUGAGGGCUCCUCAGCGACACAUAUAAAUAAAAGGCUAAAAGUGAAGUUCACUAAAGCAUGGCUAACCUUUCUGAAGCUACCACUUCCUCUUGAUGUAUACAAGGAGGUCCUUGCUACAAUUCAUCAGAAUGUAAUUCCUUCAAUGUCAAACCCAUCCAUCUUGUGUGAUUUCUUCACUAGAUCAUACGACAUCGGUGGUGUUAUCAGUGUAAUGGCCUUAAGUGGUCUUUUCAUCCUCAUGACACAACAUAAUCUGGAAUAUCCAAAAUUCUAUGACAAGCUCUAUGCAUUACUGACUCCUGCCGUGUUCAUGGCAAAACAUCGGUCAGUGUUCUUGCAACUUCUUGACGCAUGCCUGAAAUCUUCAUAUGUUUCUGCACAUCUUGCUGCUUCAUUUGCAAAAAGAUUGAGUAGACUCGCCCUUUCAGCACCACCAGCUGGAGCUCUUAUCAUCAUUGCUUUAAUUCAUAAUCUUCUGCGGAGGCACCCCUCAAUUAAUUUUUUGGUUCAUUGGGAAGUUCCUCAGGAUGAUGAUACCAAUACCAGUCGAGAAGCUAGUCAGCCUAAAAAAGUUGGCGCUGAUCCUUUUGACAAUGAAGAGACAGACCCUACAAAGUCUGGUGCAAUGCGUAGUUCUUUAUGGGAAAUAGACACACUGCGUCAUCACUACACACCUGCAGUUUCUAGAUUUGUUGCAUCACUUGAAAAUGAUCUCACUGUACGCGCCAAAACGUCUGAGAUGAAAAUAACAGACUUUAGUUCUGGCUCCUAUGCAACAGUUUUCCGAGAUGAGGUGAGGCGGCGGAUAAAACAAGUUCCUCUUGCGUUCUACAGAACUACACCAACAUCUUUAUUUCAAGAGUCAGAUUUUCCUGGAUGGACCUUUGAGCAGACUAGUGUAGAAGGAAAUGAGAACAGCACGGUAGAGACUAGUGGCGCCUCACCUGCUAAAAGGUCACGGGUUUAGACCUGAGUAGGGCCAGCAGGGUGUUGCUGCUGCUGAUCUUUCCAAGCCACGUUGAUUGUAGAUGCAUCCGAUUUCGCUCCUGUUUCAACUUCCAGCCUUAUGUUUGACAUGAGGGCAUAAAUAAUUUCUGAAAAGAUUUUCACCAGCAAGAAUAUCGAUGCAAGACCCGACACAGUGAGCAUUGGAGCUCUUUUCACAUUCAAUUCCACCAUAGGGAGAGUUGCCAAGAUUGCCAUGGCUGCUGCUGUCAGUGACAUCAACAAUGAUUCAAGCGUCCUUCCAGGAACAAACCUGGUUGUCCAGAUGAGAGAUUCCAAUUGCAGUGGCUUCGUUGGCAUUGUGCAAGCAUUGCAAUUCAUGGAGAAGGAUACGAUUGCAAUCAUCGGCCCUCAGUCUUCUGUUCUAGCGCAUGUUGUUUCUCAUGUUGCAAAUGAACUCCAAGUGCCUAUGCUGUCCUUUGCUGCAACUGAUCCAACUCUCACACCACUUCAAUUUCCUUUCUUUGUGAGGACAACCCAUAGUGAUCAUUUUCAAAUGGCUUCUGUUGCUGACAUAGUCAACUAUUAUGGGUGGAAGCAAGUCACAGCUAUAUAUAUUGAUGAUGAUUAUGGAAGAAACGGCAUAUCGUCCUUAGGUGAUGAACUUGCCAAGAGGCGGUCCAAGAUCUUGUAUAAAGCUGCAGUUAGGCCAGGAGCAAGAAGGGGUGAAAUGGCUACUGUGCUGGUCAGGGUUGCAAUGAUGGAAUCUCGAGUACUCAUUCUGCAUGCAAAUCCUGACUCUGGGAUUCCACUUCUCUUAUUAGCACGCAAUCUCGGCAUGACAUCCAGUGGAUAUGUGUGGAUUGCAACAGAUUGGCUUGGAUCAUUUCUCGAUUCAUCACCACAUCUUGAUAUGGAUAUAGUGAGUGCAGUGCAGGGUGUUCUCACAUUACGCCAGCACACAGAAAAUACCAGAAAGAAGAGCAUGCUAGCUUCAAAAUGGAGUGCACUGGUGAAGAGGGAUAAUGUUGACAGCAGGUUCUUGAUUAAUUCAUAUGGCUUGUAUGCUUACGAUACUGUAUGGACGAUUGCUCAUGCGCUGGAUGCGUUUUUCAGUAGAGGCGGUAACAUUUCAUUCUCCACCUACCCCAAACUACGUGAUAUCGCAGGAGGAGGUUUGCAAUUGGGAGCAAUGACUGUCUUUGAUGAGGGAAGGCUGUUGUUGGAAAGAAUCCGCCAAAUAAAUUUCAGUGGUGCAACUGGCCUUGUAAAAUUUGGUUCAGAUGGUAAUCUUCUCCGGCCUGCGUACGACAUUGUUAACAUACUAGGGUCCGGUUCGCGGACAAUCGGUUACUGGUCCAACUAUUCCGGCCUUUCAACAGCAUCUCCUGAGACUCUCUACAUGAAACCAGCAAACCGUCUUAGGGAAAAUCAGAAACUUGGCCUAGUGAUCUGGCCAGGUGAGACUGUAACAAGGCCACGUGGAUGGGUGUUUCCAAACAAUGGAAAUGAGCUAAGGAUUGGAGUUCCCGAUAGGGUGAGUUUCCGUCAAUUUGUGUCCGCUGACAAUAUAACAGAUACGGUGCGUGGUUUCUGUAUCGAUGUGUUUGUUGCUGCAACAAACUUGUUACAAUAUCCAGUUCCAUAUAAGUUUAUGAUGUUUGGGAAUGGCAGCGAAAAUCCAAGCUAUACACAGCUUAUCAAUAAAAUUCAAACAAAUGAAUUUGAUGCUGUGGUAGGUGAUAUUGCUAUUGUCACAAAUCGGACAAGGGUUGUCGACUUCACUCAGCCAUAUAUCGAGUCAGGGCUUGUGGUACUUACCUCUGUUAAGAAGCAUAGCUCGAGUGGAUGGUCCUUUUUGCAGCCAUUCACAAUCAGAAUGUGGGGCGUCACAGGACUGUUCUUUCUUAUCAUAGGAACGGUGGUUUGGUUGCUUGAGCACAGAAUCAAUGAUGAUUUCCGUGGACCUCCAGUGAAACAGAUUAUUACUGUAUUCUGGUUCAGUUUCUCAACUCUGUUCUUCGCCCACAGAGAGGACACCAGAAGCACCCUGGGUCGCUUCGUGAUCAUCAUAUGGCUCUUUGUGGUUCUGAUAAUACAGUCCAGCUAUACUGCCAGCCUGACUUCCAUACUCACCGUGCAGCAGCUCACAUCUCCAAUCACGGGGAUCGAUAGCUUGGUCGCCAGUGACGAGCCCAUUGGUUUCCAAGUUGGCUCCUUCGCAGAAAAUUACCUCCCGCAAGAGCUCGGUGUCUCAAAGUCAAGGCUUAGAGCGCUCGGUAAUCCGGACGAGUAUAAGCGAGCACUGGACCUUGGCCCCGGCAAUGGAGGCGUCAUGGCCAUCGUCGACGAGCGCCCAUACAUUGAGCUUUUCCUGCUUGAGCAUCCCAAAUUUGCAGUCGUGGGCUCGGAGUUUACCAAAAGCGGCUGGGGCUUCGCGUUCCCGAGGGACUCGCCACUGGCAGUGGAUCUAUCGACGGCCAUCCUGGAGCUGUCGGAGAACGGCGACCUCCAGCGGAUCCAUGAGAAGUGGCUGAACGAUCGGAUGACCGAGUCGCAGUCCCAGACCAAUGAGUUGGACUCGGACAGUCUGCAGGUGUACAGCUUCUCUGGGCUGUUCCUCAUUUGCGGCGUGGCGUGCGUGAUCACCCUCGCCAUACACGCCGGCGUCCUCGUCCACAAAUACUGGGAGCACACCGCGUCCUCGCAGCAGGCGGUGCUGUCGUCCACAGAUGGCAGUUCCCGCUCCAGCCGCAGCAGGCUCCAGGCGUUCCUGUCCUUUGCCGACCGACGGGAGAUCGACACCCACAGGGCAUCCAAAGAGAAGGCAGUGGCGCUGGCAGGAGUAGGAGAAAACUCCAUCGGCGGCGUCAGUGCGGCGUCGAGUACUACCAGCGUCAGCACUAGCACGUCUUGCUAGAGACGGUCACGGCAUAGCCUUGCAUGUCUUGGCUUCCAGAUAAUUAACUUAUGGCGUACGUACAAUACACCCACCCAGUACAGGCCGUAGUAGUAUUGAUCAUCUGGUCGCAGUAGUAUUUGAUCAUACGGGUAGUCGUACUUAAAUAGCGCAGUAUUCUCUCCUUGUGCUGCAGAAUUGUAAAGAUGUGUAAGCUGUGGUGCACAUGGAGCAGCUUCAGUACUAGUUGUUGAUUUUGAGACGGCCGCCUACGAGAAAGUUAAUUGGAAUUUUU